AUGAAGUCCACUGCUUUCCGAAUCGCUCGAGGUGUCGUCAAUGGCCUUCAGAAGCGAGCCUACUCACAGGCCACUACCCCGAGGCAUCUCAUGACCAUUGCUGAUCUGACUCCUACCGAGUUUGCCAACCUGGUCCGUGAUGCCAACACCCGAAAGAUUGCUGUCAAGGGCGGAGCUCCUCAUAGCAUGCUCAGCGGUGGCCUCGCUGGCAAGGCCGUUGCUAUGAUGUUCAGCAAGCGUAGCACCCGUACCCGAGUUUCUACUGAAGCUGCUGUGACUAUGCUUGGUGGUCACCCUAUGUUUCUGGGCAAGGAUGAUAUUCAACUUGGUGUGAAUGAGUCCCUCUAUGACACAUCUGUUGUCAUCUCUUCCAUGACCUCGUGCAUGGUGGCUCGAGUUGGACCUCACUCCGAUGUCGCUACUCUUGCCAAGCACUCGAGCGUGCCUGUCAUCAACGCCCUGUCCGAUGACUUUCACCCUCUCCAGACCAUUGCCGAUUUCCUCACCCUGCAUGAGACAUUCCCGGCUAACAACACCACGGGAGCUAGCCUUGGUCUGAACGGUCUCAAGGUCGCCUGGGUUGGAGAUGCCAACAAUGUUCUUUUCGACCUGGCCAUUGGCUGUGUCAAGAUGGGCAUCGACAUCUCGGUUGCCGCUCCCAAGGGAUAUGAGAUUCCUGAUGCCAUGAGGCAGCUCAUCAACUCUGCUGCUGAGGGCGUCAUCUCCCCUGGCAAGCUCCUCGAGACCAACGUGCCCGAGGAGGCUGUCAAGGACGCCAACGUGCUGGUCACCGACACCUGGGUGUCUAUGGGUCAGGAGGCCGAUACCCAGAAGCGACUCAAGGACUUUGCUGGUUUCCAGAUCACCAACGACCUUGCCAAGCGAGGAGGUGCCAAGGAGGACUGGAAGUUCAUGCACUGCCUUCCUCGACACCCUGAGGAGGUCGCUGAUGAGGUCUUCUACAGCCCUCGAUCUCUGGUGUUCCCUGAGGCCGAGAACCGUCUCUGGGCCGCUGUUUCCGCUCUCGAGGGAUUUGUCGUGAACAAGGGCAAGUUCUAA